GUUGCACACAUUGGUUGUGGGUCAAACCGCUCACUCCUCCUCCUUCUCCUCCGCCUCAUGUUUUUUGGGUCCCAAACUACAUCGAGAUUUGGAAUACAGUAGUGCGUUACGCGUCCUGCUGGAAAAUGGCGACUGCAAUCCAGAAUCCUUUAAAAUCCAUGGGCGACCAGUUCUACAAAGAUGCCAUCGAGCAGUGCCGCAGUUACAACGCCCGCCUGCGUGCCGAGCGUAGCGUGCGGAUGCCCUUCCUGGACUCGCAAACUGGCGUUGCCCAGAACAACUGCUACAUCUGGAUGGAGAAGUGCCAGCGGCAGCCAGGCAGAGUGUCAGGACAGAUGUACGCCUACCCAGCGCGCUGCUGGCGAAAAAAGCGGCGACUCCACUCACCCCUCGAUCCCCAACUACGCUUGUGUGAGCUUCGGCUAGAGGCUGAGCUGGCCCCCAAGCGUGAUGGGCCCCCAGGGGAGGCCACAACACUGGAGACUCUGCUCAGGAGCGACAACCUCCUGGAAAAGAAAAGCAACGUGUGCAAGGAAGAGGAGACGUUGCUGGAAAUACAGAGAGUGCUGGAGGCCGAGGAAAACGGCGACGUUUUUCAAGACGACGAAGAUUUCGAAGCGGAUACGCCGAAGAGGAAGAACAGAAACCGAGGCAAAAACAGAGGCUCCAGUCGUAAGAAGACCGAAGCGGUCAGUGUGGAUGACCAGGACAAACCUUAUGUUUGCGACAAUAGACACAAACAAAAGCAUAAUUCAAAAAAGGCUGAAGAAGUCUGUGGAAAGCGUUACAAGAACCGUCCUGGCCUGAGUUACCAUUACACGCACACCCAUCUGGCAGAGGAGGAAGGCGGCGAGGAGGAGAAGGACAGCGAGCCGGCCCCGUCCCCCACACGACUCUCCGACAACCACAAACCUCAGAAGGGUCCCGACGGCAUCAUCAUUCCCAAUGACUACUGCGACUUCUGCCUGGGAGACCAGGACUCCAACAGGAAGACGGGGCAGGCCGAGGAGCUGGUUUCCUGCUCUGAUUGUGGACGGUCCGGCCACCCGACAUGUUUGCAGUUCACCGACAACAUGAUGCACGCGGUGAGAACAUACCAGUGGCAGUGCAUUGAGUGCAAGUCCUGCAGCCUCUGCGGCACCUCAGAAAAUGACGUACGUACCUCAAAUGUACAAUAUGUAGUUUUUCUUUUCUAUGACAUACUAUCAUGGAAUAAAAUGUGUCGCGCUCAGGACCAGCUGCUGUUCUGCGACGACUGCGACCGCGGCUACCACAUGUACUGCCUCAAGCCACCCAUGACCCAGCCUCCAGAAGGAAGCUGGAGUUGUCACGUGUGUGUGGACCUGUUGAAGGACAAGGCCUCAUCCUUUGGCGAUGCAUAAUGGGCCCUCCCUCCCCACUCUCGCAGUGGAUACACACAUCGCCUUUUCCCGCUCACUUCAUUAGGUACACAUGUUGAAUGGCGAUUAGACCCCCAGUUUUGUGUUUGUCAGUGCAACUGAUGUGAAAGUAUCGUUUUUUUUCUUAACUUUGCAGGAGAUUCUUUUGAGGGGUUGUUUUGGGGAAAUUUAAAUAUUCAGUUUCAGCAUUUUUUUUCACCAUUACACUGUGUGUAUACCUGAUGAAGUGUCCAGUGAGUGUACUGUAUAUAUGAUAACACAGCCCCGUCUGUCCAUCUACACGUACAUACCCGCCAGUGCAGUUUGGAGGAUUUUGAUUUUUUUGUUUCUCUCUACCUCUCAUGUAGCAGAGACCAGCUUCCACUUCAUCAGUCUACCUCACUGCUCAAGCAUGUCUCUUAAUUACUCAUUUCAUUUUUUUUCUUAAUCCCACCUAAACUGUUCAAUUGAACUGAAAAAGAAGUAAAUCUGGGUGUGAAUGUGUGUGUAAAAAAUGUAUUUUGGUUGCAAGAGUUUGUUUUUUUGCAUUUCAAACUCUGUAAUACAGAAUUCAUUUUACUUUGUUCUAAGCAUAAGAAACAAGCAUUUUCUUCUCAACAAGUGUGAUUGACGCCACAAUUUCAUGUGAGACCUUGUAAUGCAAAAAUAAAUGUCUUGUAAAUUUGACACAACAUAUAGAAGAAUGUUGAACCUGCCAAAUGCAAAUGAUAAAAAAUUGUCAAAUACAUUAAAAAAAGUCUUGAAAUUGGUGAAAAAUCGUGCCCCUGACUCCGCUCUCAAACGCCGCGGCGGAAACCACACCUUGCUCAACUGAUGAAGUCAAAAUUGUUUGAUGGAAAAAGCAUCCGGUAACUGUGUCCGAGGGGCCACACGGAACAGGGCAUUGCCACGACCAAAUUUGGCGUAUGGAAAAGAGCUGGCGUUGGAGGUUAAAGUCAGCCAAAGAAGAGGAAUGGUAGGAAGUGGAGCAGGAUCAAUGAUGGCAGAUAGAAAAGAUCGGACAUAUACAGUAUGUAUACAUCUUUAAUAUAUGGGAUUACUCCCCCAAUAAAACGAACAGUAUUCCCUUUCA